AUGCUCUCAAUAAAAGGUGCAGCGCAAGAAACCCGAGAGGUACGGACCGCCCAUGCGCAAAUAUCUAUCGCUACGUCGUUCGAAGAUACCAGAUUUCUGACACAGCUUUCUGGAUUUAUCGCAAGAACCAUUUCGUUCCAUGGCCAAAUCGAGUAUGAAGAAGUCUCGUCAAGCAGCCUCGAUCGACUUGUCGACACGCUUCGAUAA